AUGGCGCGCGUCGCAGGAAUCCCUUUAGUGUUAAGUUUUCUCAUUUAUUCGUCGUUAAUUUUAUUCUACUGUCCAAAUACUAGUGCUAGUAUCGAGCUUGAUGAGGACAACUGGAGACAGAUUCUGGACGGAGAAUGGAUGGUGGAAUUCUAUGCGCCAUGGUGUCCAGCAUGCACUGGACUAGCACCAGCAUGGAAGGAGCUAACGAACAAAGCUCAGAACAAGAAAGUUCCAAUGAAAACAGCAGCUGUGGAUGUUACUCAAACUCCUGGACUUAGUGGACGAUUUGUUGUGACAGCGUUGCCUACUAUAUUCCAUGUGAAAGAAGGAGAAUUCCGUCAGUAUAAGGGUCCGCGUGACGCUGACUCGAUGUUGGAAUAUGUAGAGAAGGCUCGUUGGAAGCAAACGGAACCAGUGCCCUCUUGGAAGGCUCCAGACUCUUGGCAAAUGGGUUUUGUCGCUUUCUUCUUCAAGCUCAGUCAGGCGCUAAGGAGUAUACACAACAUGCUGAUGGAAACAUAUGGUCUGCCAACGUGGGGGUCUUAUCUCAUUUUUGCCAUUGGUACCAUAUUCAUUGGAGCUCUACUUGGAUUGAUGCUAGUAUGUGUUAUUGAUCUAUUGUACCCUCCUCGUCGGGAGAAGGUCUUCGUAUCAAGGGCUGAAGCUGAAAGAAAGGGUGACAAAAAGUCUGAUGAUGAGUUAAUCAACGAUGACAUUGUAGACGAAGCUGAGAACGGCAACGACAGCGAUGCUGAGAAGAACUCUCCCAGCGAUACAUCGGACGAUGAUAAGUCCAAGGAUGUGGGAGCGGGGGAAGGCGCGCCGCAGGGGGACGGGGAAGACAAAUGCGACAAGCAGGAGGUGCGUAAGCGCAGGCCGCGGAAGGCCGACUAA